UAUUUCUGCAAAUGCAUAGUAUACAGAACCGUUAAUACUGCUUUCACUUUCAACGGCAUCAAGGAAGUUAAUUUGACAGCGUAUGUGUAUGUUUGAGUGAUUAACUUAAAAGAUCCGUCAUAGAGCUAGCUAGCACGUUCAGUUUGCUGUAGGCCUAUAUAUAGCCAACGUUAGCUAGGUCACUAUCGGUAUUGUUUAGAGAGUCAUGUAUUUUGGGUUCUAUGGAAACGGGGGGGUGGGGGUGUCAAAAUGUAAUCUUGCCCAGAGCGCAAAAAACUCUCUAAAAAAAAAAGAACUGGGCCUGAUUUUAGGAUUCACACAGUGGCAGGAAAUGUCACUCAUGCAGUACACCGUUGAAAAAAAAAUAGUGUUAGCUGAGAAAGGAGCAAAUACUUCACACUUCCACACAGGCAGUUUGCAUCAGUGUAACAGAAUCAUCUGUGAAUUCAUUUUGUGGAGUUUAAAACAAUGAAAACCAUGCUGGUCUGUGUCUGGCUAGUCAGCAGUUUGAUUCACAUGAUCUCAGGCUGUUCUCUAUCUGCACCCAAAGAGGUCACUGGAUACACAAGAGACUCCGUGGUCUUGCCUUGCUACUGCACUGAGGGACAACCAACACCGAACACUGCCAGAUGGCUUAUUAAUCUAAGUCAUUCCAGUAUCAUACUUUGGUCGUAUCCUAAUAAUGUGGACGACCAAUACAAAGACCGGGUGAUUAUUUCUGCCACCCCUGGAAACUUGUCUCUCCGACUCUCAGAUCUCACUCUGCGAGAUAAGGGUACAUACAGGUGUGAAGCAGAUGGGAAUUACAGAGACAUCAGUCUCACAGUGAAAGGCUGUGUUCUGUCUGAUUCUAAACUCAUACACAUCACUGGGUUCACAGGAGACUCAGUCGUCCUGCCCUGUGCCUGUACUGAUGUGCAGAAGAAACCGGAAAAGAUCAAAUGGAUUGUACGCCCAGGAGACCAACGCACUAUUAUAUUUUCACAAAGUCCUCCCAGUGUCAACGAUCGCUACAAACACAGAGUGCAGGUUUUGGACUCCAUUUCCCCUGGAAACUUGUCUCUCCAUCUCUCAGAUCUCACUCUGUCAGAUGAGGGAACAUACAGGUGUGAAGCAGAUGAUAAUUACCAAGACAUCAGUCUCACAGUGAAAGGCUGUGUUCUGUCUGAUUCUGAACCUAUACACAUCACUGGGCUCACAGGAAACUCAGUCGUCCUGCCCUGUGCCUGUACUGAUGUGCAGAAGAAACCGGAAAAGAUCAAAUGGCCUGCAUAUCUAAGAGGCCAACACACUGUUAUAUUUCCUCCGAGUGUCAACGAUCGCUACAAACACAGAGUGCAGGUGUUGGACUCCAUUUCUCCUGGAAACCUGUCUCUCCGUCUCUCAGAUCUCACUCUGUCAGAUGGGGGUACAUACUGGUGUGAAGCAGAUGGGAAUUACCGAAACAUCAGUCUCACAGUGAAAGGCUGUGUUCUGUCUGAUUCUGAACUCAUACACAUCACUGGGUUCACAGGAGACUCAGUCGUCCUGCCCUGUGCCUGUACUGAUGUGCAGAAGAAACCGGAAAAGAUCAAAUGGACUGCAUAUCUAAGAGGCCAACACACUAUUAUAUUUUCACAAAAUCCUCCCAGUGUCAACGAUCACUACAAACACAGAGUGCAGGUUUUGGACUCCAUUUCUCCUGGAAACCUGUCUCUCCGUCUCUCAGAUCUCACUCUGUCAGAUGAGGGAGAUUACAGGUGUGGAGCAGAUGGGAAUUACAGGGACAUCAAACUAACAGUGAAAGCAGGCUCUGUUCUGCCUGAAUCUGAACCCAUACACAUCACUGGGCGCACAGGAGACUCAGUCGUCCUGCCCUGUGCCUGUAUUGAUGUGCAGAGGAAACCUGAACGGGUCAAAUGGACUGCACAUCCAAGAGGCCAAAGCACUGUUAUAUUUCCACAAAGUCCUCCCGGUGUCAACGAUCGCUACAAACACAGAGUGCAGGUUUUGGACUCCGGAUCCCCUGGAAACCUGUCUCUCCGUCUCUCAGAUCUCACUCUGUCAGAUGAGGGUACAUACAGGUGUGAAGCAGAUGGGCAUUACCGAUACAUCAGACUCACAGUGAAAGGCUGUGUUCUGUCUGGUUCUAAACCCAUAGACAUCACUGGGUUCACAGGAGACUCAGUCAUCCUGCCCUGUGCCUGUACUGAUGUGCAGAGCAAACCGGAAAAGAUCAAAUGGACUGCACACAAAGGAGGCCAAAGCACUGUUAUAUUUCCUCCGAGUGUCAACGAUCGCUACAAACACAGAGUGCAGGUGUUGGACUCCAUUUCCCCUGGAAACCUGUCUCUCCGUCUCUCAGAUCUCACUCUGUCAGAUGAGGGAGAUUACAGGUGUGAAGCAGAUGGGCACUACAGAGACAUCAGACUCACAGUGAAAGGCUGUUCUCUAUCUGCACCCAAAGAGGUCACUGGGUACACAAGAGGCUCCGUGGUCCUGCCUUGCUACUGCACUGAGGGACAGCCAACAUUGAACUCUGCCAGAUGGGUUUUUAAUCCAGGUCCUUACGACACCACACUUUGGUCGUAUCUUAAUGCAGUGAACAACCACUACAAAGACCGGGUGUUUAUUUCUGCCACCCCAGGAAAUCUGACUCUCCGUCUCUCAGAUCUCACUCCUACAGAUGCGGGAUUAUACAGGUGUGAAGCAUCUGCAUACAUUUACAGAGACAUCAAACUCACAGUGAAAGAAGGCUGUGUUCUGUCUGAUUCUGAACCUAUACACAUCACCGGGCUCACAGGAGAAUCAGUCGUCCUGCCCUGUGGCUGUAUUGAUGUGCAGAGGAAACCUGAAUGGUUCAGAUGGACGACACACAAAGGAGGUCAAACCAUUGUUGUAUUUCCACAACUUCCUGCUAAUGGCGGUCACUACAAAGACAGAGUGCAGGUGUUGAACUCCAUUUCCCCUGGAAACAUGUCUCUCCGUCUCUCAGAUCUCACUCUGUCAGAUGGGGGUACAUACAGGUGUGAAGCAGAUGGGAAUUACAGAAACAUCAGUCUCACAGUUAUACAUAGAUUUGACCAGUUGUGUUUAAAGGUUUAAAUGGGCUGUGGGAACUCUUCAAAUGACAACAUUCUAUGGGUGGGACAUAUUUGGCUGUGGUGCUGUAGGUGAAUUGAGAUUUUCUGGGCCUUUCCCAGUUAUAUUUUACAAGAGUAUUGAAUAGAACAGCAACAUAUACACAUUUUCUAUUGAUUAUUUACCCACAAUAAACAUGCAAAAAUGAGUUUUACUUCCAAAAUAAUCUCAGACAUCAGCAUAGCGUGGAGAUAAGAGCAUGAACCCUGAGCCGACCAGAGGAGGAUGGGUUUCUCCCUUGAGCCUGGUUCCUUCCGAGGUAUCUGCCACAGGGAGUUUUUCCUUGCCACUGUUGCUUUAGGCUUGCUCCUGUAGGGGUUUAGGCCAGGGUUGUCUGUAAAGUGAAUUGUGACAAUUGUGGUGAAAUGCGCUAUGUAUGGAAAUAUCAUUGAUUGAUUGAUUGAACUGGGUUGGUUGUCAUUUGAGGUGUGAAUGUGUGCCUCUGUGUGUGAGUGUGGGUCUGCGUGUGUGUGCGUGUGUGUGUGUGUGUGUCAGAGGGAGUAUCAAUCCCCCUCCCUCCUCUUCUCUUUCACUAGAUAAAAUAUGCAGCUUUCUUUUAGUAGUCAGUUUUGAAAACUUGGAAGUUUUGUAACUGUUAGUUAGAAUUGGGCAUUUGAGUCCCUCAUCUAGGCCUGGCGGUCUACAUUUCAAUUGUGUUAUUUUUGAAAUAUUCUACUGUCUUUUGGUUUUUGAAUUUUUGGCUUGGCCCAGCUUGGAUUACUUUGUAACAAAUAAACUAUGGAUUGGUGUCUUCUUUCAUUAA